UCCUCCCCCCGCGAGCGGCGGUGUGGCCAGGGCGCUCGGCGGGCUCUGGGGUGUUUGGCGGCUGCUCACCCUGCUCUGCGGCUGGCUUCGGCCCUGCCACUACCAGGGAACCGUGCGGAGGCGGCGGAGGUGAAAGCAGACAGAUGCUUGUGAGUGCCCCAUGGCUGCAGCUGCCUCAGUUCAUUCAUUUGUUGCCUAUUGUAACUUGGAAGCAUCCUUUAGGUCAGUUCAUCUUCUGGGACCCGUCCCUGCCUUCUGGUUAAGGAAUCCAUGCACACAUACGGGAUGACUAACCUGUUCAGAUGCCAGAAAGGUGCUGUUAACUUGACAAGAACUUCCACAUUGUUUGGAGAGACCUGCUGUACUUGAAACAUUUCAGGAAACUGCAGUUUCAGUACAUCAGAUUGUUCCAGUACCUGAAACUUUCACGAUGAAGAGAGCUAGGCAGAAAUUUGGGGUUGAAAAUGAAGCUCCUCAAACAUCACAGAAAAGCAAAAAACAUAAAGCUUGUUCAUGUGGCUCAGCAUUUGGUGAAUCUGACUUGCAUGCCUUCAUGGACUGGGGAAGCCUCCCCCACCACGUUAUUCUGCAGAUUUUCCAGUUUCUACCUUUAGUAGAUCGAGCCAGGGCAUCUUCUGUUUGUCGAAGGUGGAAUGAAGUUUUUCACAUCCCAGAUCUCUGGAGGAGGUUUGAAUUCGAACUCAACCAGCCAGCUACGUCUUACCUAAAGUCUACACAUCCUGAUCUCAUUCAGCAGAUUAUCAAGAGGCAUGCUGAUCACCUGCAGUACGUCAGCUUCAAGGUUGAUAGUAGCACGGAGUCAGCAGAAGCAGCCUGUAACAUCCUUUCUCAGCUGGUGAACUGUUCUAUCAAGACACUGGGUUUGAUUUCUACAGCAAAACCAAGCUUUAUGAAUGUCUCUAAGGCUCAUUUUGCUUCAGCGCUGACAGUAGUUUUUGUAAACUCCAAGUCAUUAUCAUCAAUUAAAGUAGAUGACACGCCACUUGAUGAUCCUUCCUUGAAGGUUCUUGUUGCUAACAAUAGUGAUACUCUGAAACUGCUGAAAAUGAGCAGCUGUCCUCAUGUAUCGCCUGCUGGAAUUCUUUGUGUUGCUGACCAGUGUCAUGGACUUAAGGAGCUGGCUUUGAACUACUACAUAUUAAGUGAUGAACUGCUGCUGGCACUUUCAAGUGAAAAACAUGUUGAUCUUGAACAUCUUCGCAUAGAUGUUGUGAGUGAAAAUCCUGGACAGGUUGAAUUUCACACUAUUAAAAAGCAAAGCUGGGAUGCUCUUGUGAAACACUCCCCCAAAGUCAACAUUGUGAUGUAUUUCUUCUUAUAUGAAGAAGAAUUUGAUGCCUUCUUCAGAGAGGAAACCCCCGUUACCCACCUUUACUUUGGUCGUGCAGUAAGCAAAGCAAUGCUGGGUCGUAUUGGCAUGAAUUGCCCCAGGUUAAUUGAGUUGGUUGUGUGUGCUAAUGGACUUCAGCCUUUGGAUGAUGAGCUCAUUCGGAUUGCAGAGCGCUGUAAGAACUUAACAGCGAUGGGACUUGGUGAAUGUGAAGUAACUUGCAGGGGUUUUAUUGAAUUUGUAAAGAUGUGUGGAGGCAGGCUUACCCAGCUUUCUAUAAUGGAGGAGGUACUGAUUCCAGAUAAUGAUUAUAGCUUAGAUCAACUUCAUUUGGAAGUCUCCAAACACCUUGGAAGAAUGUGGUUUCCUGACAUGAUGCCGACAUGGUAAAUCCUCUAUGUUUGUGAAUAAAAUGGUAGAGUCAGGGUGUUGCUUUCUAUGCAAAUAAAGAAUUUAAAAAUGAAGUGUGGAAACUUAUUUCCAGAUUUGAGUUUUUCUACCUUUAGAACCUCUAGAACAGCAAAGCAUUCUAGAGCAUUAAUUAGAUAUGUACUGGAGUAGAAAGUAGAUCAAGUGUACUUGACACUUCUGAAAAUAUGCCUGUGGUUUACAGAUGCUUCUGAUUUUAGUGAAUUUGGGCUUCUCUGAGCUUUGGAUUAAAUUUUUCAUUCACAUUGAAGUUGUGUUUUUUCAUACCUUUGUUUAGUCUUUCGGAUAUAGUCAUGAGAGGAGUAGAGAAGUUCUUUUCCUUUAGCAAAUCUAUUUUUAUGGGAAGGUGGAUACAGUUUGGAAUUCAGUAUUAUUAUAUCAGGAUGUUUUAUGCAGCUAUUUUUCAAAAUAUUAAUGUUGUAAAUGUAAAAGCUUGUGCAUUAGAAUACUUAGGCUAGCCUGGGUUACUCAAAUAUAAUCUAGGUUAAACUCAUGCCAAUAUAUUAGAAUGUUGUGGUUAAUUAAGCUUAUACUUACAAAAAACUUUACAGUUUUAAAUUGCACUUUUAAGUCAUUUUGUCAAAUUACCUAAACUGUAGAAACUGCAUUGUACAGUAUGUUGUUCUUCUGUCCUAUGCAUUAAAAAGAUGGGCAAGAGACCUUGUUAAAAUUACUGAAUUUAGAAGUUUGGAUAUAGAUUGGUUGCUUGGGUGGAUGACAGAGCCCUUUGGAAACUGACAGAGUAUAAAGGCAUAACUUCUGGUCUCGUGAGAGAUCAGGCCUUUGAUUACAAAGGACAAUGUCCAAAGGCUGUGCCAUGCUUUCGUUAUUUGAGGGAUAAGAAGGAUCUUGUAAAUGUGGCUAGUGAGAAGGAAGGAUCAAGUGCAAUACAGUUGACUCUGAUCACUUUCUAUCUGGGGUCAAGGAUUUAAAGCACAUAAAAAAUAAAUUAUUUGCCAGUUAGAGGCUAAAGUGGCCUGUAGUAAUCUUGCCUGUAUCUCACAGAGCUGUGCUGUAAACCCUGAUUUCUAGAGUAAGGGUCUCUGGAGCUGAUCCUGAAAUUUUUUAUUCAGGGCUGUUUAAUACUUCUUACUGUACAUUUUUUUUUUUGGUUUGUUGGGUUUUUUUUUUGAGAGGAAGAUUUUAUUUCUUUAUUUUCAUUAACGGAAGAUUUUGUUUCUUUAUUUUCUUUGAAGGGUAGAGGAAUAGACCAAGUUGAUGUGAAUUAAGUAUGUAUUUUUGUGUUGACCUUUUAUGCACUGUAAACUGAAAUGCAUUGUAUACAGAUUCUGCUGUAAUUGUUUUCAUGCUGUAGUUGUGUUUUCUUCCUGUUUAUAAUGAGUCGUAUGCAUCUGAUUUGCUGGUGGUAUUUGUCACAUCGGGUAAGAUGUCAGUUUCUUCCAUACUUCUCUACUGCAAAAUAACAGCUGAUGGGUUAAGUUGCUGCUGUCUUGGACAAACAUGCUCCCAGUUGCAAGCUGAACGAUUUAGGGAAACAUCUAAUGCCUGUCAGAAUCAGUAAUGUGUUACUGCCUGUUGCACUGUUCCGAAGCGUCUGACUCUGGCUGCUAGCACCUCUUACCCAAGCAUGCACUGGCAUAAUCAAAGGAGUUACGAUUGUCUUUUAAAGAAAAGACUGAAAUAUUUCUAAAGAAUAUUUGGUUUAAAAUAUGUGGUUUGAUUUAAACUUAAACACAAUAAAGUGAUGUAAUAUGUGCACUGA